AUGCAAGCGCGACAGCCACCAGCAGCGUCAGCAGGAGCCGACCAUUUUGCUCGAGCAGAUAAGGCUACGAUCAGGGAUGGUCUCACACAGGUGCCUGACAACGAAGGCGGACCAUGGAGAGAUUACGACAAGGUCGCCCACGUCGGACACAAGGGUAUAGGGCGGCACCCUACCACUGCAGAGCUCCCUCAAAGGAAAGAGCUCGUUCGAAAGGGAGACCUCGCUCAAGAGGAAGAGUUUUGGAUCAAAGAAGCGCGUUCUAAAUUAGCUCACGACUGGGACGAUAAUGUCAAAGAUGUCAGAAACACUUGGCACGAGAAUCUUGCCUUCCCAGUACAAAUCAUUUUGACGAAGAUCGGAUACUCUCAGAUGAAACGACCCGUCCCAGAACCAGACAAGCAACAGUGGGCAUUGACGAACAUAGUCAAUCAAACACAAACAACCAUCCGGAGAGCGGUAUUCAUGGGUUUAGGUACGAUAUCCAAAGCCGAAGGAGGAAAGUUCGAGCAAGCCAUCUGUACCCAUCUCUUGGCACGCCAUGUAGUUGUCGCUCUGCUCGGGAGAGCGAAAUGUGACUAUCCUGUGGAUACUCGUCCAUUGGAGAUCAUCUUCGAGGAUCCCCUCUACUCUGAAUAUGACAUCAAGUUCCUACAAGAAGAGUUCAUCAUCGACCCUCUCGUCAAAGUCCGCGCGAGUAACGAUGGAAGUGGAUGGAGCGAGACACGCGUUCGAGUAGCACUGAACGAGAACACGUACGCGUUCAUCACUUUCGGCCUGAACACUCCGCUUCGACAAGUCCUCGCUGGACAUACCUGGGGAGAGAGAACACCUUACGCUCCAUCCGCAGAUUGGCAGCCACCGAAGAGACCCAGUCUUGUCAUCUGCCGACCCUGGUGGGAGGAAUCUGGCUUUGAUCAGAGCGAUAGUCGCGUUGUAAAUUGGCUGGAGAGGUAUUAUGACCCAUGGGAACUGUUAGAAGGCGAUGUUGAGGGCGUGGGCAAUUCGUGGGCUUAUGUUUUGCAUACGAGCCACUGA